UGGACGUGGCUUCCAUGUUCCACCGUCAGCCUUUCUCGUGUGGCUGCGAUGUUAGCAAACAGCCACCGCCAUAGCUAAAGUUAUGAUGUCUAUAACUUCAUAAUGAGCAAGAUAUUAAUGGACCAUGUUUCGACAUUUGUUUCCCCAGGUUCACUUCCCCUCUCCUCUCUCCGUCUUAUCGUCCCUCCUGUGCAGCUUGUGUCUGCAGCUCUGUGGGAGAUAGUGAAGCAGGGUGCUGUGAUGUACUAUGGUCUGCUGGAGGAGUUCAUUACCUCAGUGUUGGAAACAGUCCCUGAUCUGCUCACUUACACAGAGAGAGUCCAACUAGUUAUAGGCCUACGUGCAAGGGUGGUGCUAGAGUGUUGCCGCAGUGAUGAUUCUGCCAGCCCACAGGCCAUCCAACUUCAUCUGAGCAGAAUAAACACCUACAUGGCACAACAGGAUAAAGAGACUUCCAGCACUGAAGUAAAAUCAUCAGUGACAAACUUCCUGAAGCUUGUUCACACACUAGUGGGUGAUCAAUGCCAGAGGGAUAUCUUUUAUCAGAAAAUCUUCCCAACAGUGUUUGGCCCCAAAUAUGACUCAGCCCUGGAGGCUCUGAUGAGAAAAUUUCUCUUCAAUCUUCAGCAGCUGCUGCCUGUUCCAAACCUUGAACAAACUUCACUUUGGCUCAGUCUCUCCCCUUCUGUCUUGAAAGAGUGUGUAGACUUCAUGAAUCAACCUGAGCCCCUGAAUACACUUAUUCAGCACCACAAACAUCAUGGGCAUGAAGCUGCACAAGCUCUGUCUUCCUCUGGUGAUGACUGCAUCCUUUCCAGCCUCUCCUAUUAUCUGCCAAAGGUCAAUAAUGAUGAAGGAGGCAAAGUUGUCAAAUCUGGAUCCUUGUGUAUGAGUGAGGAGGACUGGCACAGAGACAACUCACUUGGGAUUGAGACUAAAAAAGAUCAAGAAGAAAACUUUGAGGAGAUUAACCCAGAAGUGACAAGGAAUGUGGAAAGAAAUGGACAGCAGCAUGCUGAAGAUCUGACUGAAGACCAAGGAGCCUCUGUUGAAGUAAUACUUGAACCUUUUGAUGAGAUCGAGUCCAAUGAUGAUGGCAACAUGAACAAAAAAUGGUUUCACCAUUUAAAAACUCACAAUAGGACAUCCUCAAAAACUUUCAAGUGUCUUGUUUGUGGUCAGGGCUUUAGUUCCAUCAGCAAACUAAAAAGGCACAGGAUCACUCAGAGUGGUUGUUUGAUGAACAGGCUGGGUCGGUCAGAUUCUGCCAGCCGAAGUAGAUUUUUUGAAAAGAUUAAUUUGCAUCCUAAACCUAAGAUUAAUGCCCGUAGAAGUGAGAAUGAGCUUCCGUUAACAGCACGUGACCCAUCAAAUUUGAGUAGUCUUCCAAACUUUGAGGAGUCUAAUGACGACUGCAGUCUUGUUUGUCGUGCUUGCGGAAAGGUUUUCACUUACCCAAAAAAUUUUGACAAACACCAGAGGAUUUGUGUGGUCAGUAGUAAACAACAGUCUCCUACAAGCUUGGCACAUCAGUCCAAAUCAGACCCUGUUGAUAAGGCCAAAUUGGCUUUGCUGGGUGAAACUGAAUCUGAUCCACCUCAGGAAUCAGUGUCUUCUGACUCGUGUAAAAGAAGCAGCCGUGUCAAAAAAUGCUCCACAUGUGGAAAAAUAUUUACUCGUUCUGUUGACUUGACAGGACACAUGAGAUGCCACAUUGAACCGAGUCCUUAUCUUUGUUCUUAUUGUGGUAAAGAAUUUGACAACUACGAAGACUGCGAGACACACAAGGAUGGUAAAUGUGGGGUUUCAAACCAACACCCACAAGCAAAGAAUGAGUUCUCACAGGAGAAUUCUUCAAGCACUGCAAAGAAAAUGAAUCAGGAGAGCACUCCAGUUUCAAUCACAGAUGUACCUGCUGGCACGCAGGCAAAGCAGGCUUGUAAAUCGCCUCUGACAUGUCAGGACUGCGGCCAGGGUUUUUCUUAUUACAAGAGUUUUGAGAAGCACCAGAGUAAAUGUUCUAAAAGAAGUCCUCGAAGGAAAAAGCGAGCAAACGCUAACCAUUUUGUUAUCAGUGCAUGUGAUUUCCAGUUGGUUGACAAUGAGAGAUGUGCCAAGACAAGUUCUGAAACAAAGGAAAGUAAAACUGAAAAACCUCAGAACUCUACAGACCGUGCAGACGACUCCCCCUGUGCGACUAAGUCUUGCACCAUCAGGUGCACCAUGUGUGAGAAGAACUUUUCAGAAAUUGUCCUCUUGAAACGACAUUAUUCCAAGUCGCAUAAGAUCAGAGGCUCAUACCCUUGUCCAUUGUGUAAGAGAACUUUUGUGAGGCUGUGUGAAUUGGUUCGACAUCAGCAGAACAAAAAACUGUACCAGUGCGCUGCCUGCAAGAAAUGCUACACAAAGCCGGGACUGCUGAAUGAUCAUGAAAAAGUUCAUACUGCAAGUGUAACGCCACGCAUUUGUGAAACAUGUGGGAAAAGCUUCAAAUCUCUCGCGUAUCUGAUUCUGCACCAGAGCAAGCAUAGAGAACGACAGCCUAGUGUUUGUUCCUACUGUGGCAAACAGUUCAGUACAAAAGACUGCCUGAGAGCGCACAUGGUGAGGCACACAGGCGGCUACCCAUGCCCAGUGUGCGGAAAGAAAUUCUAUCAAAAAACAUACCUUAAAUGGCAUCUGUAUAAACACACGGGGCAAGAGCCGUACCUCUGUGACACAUGCGGGAAAGGCUGGCCGAGUGCCGCUCAGCUCAAGCUUCACAUGAUUCAACAUACGGAGGAGAGGCCGUUCAAGUGCGAAGACUGUGGUGUGUGUUACAAGAGGGGAUCGCAUUUGAUGGCUCACCGCAGAGACAAGCACAUUAGGUUGCGGCCCUUUGUGUGUGAGGUUUGCAGCAAGGCCUUCAGAUUAAACAAUGAGCUGAAAAAACACAUGAUGAUUCAUACAGGGGAACGGCCAUUCGCGUGUCCAAAGUGUGGCAAAACAUUUACAAGAAAAACCCGGCUUAGGGAGCACAGAGAGAAGACGUGUCUGUAACUUCAUGCUCUUUGCUGGACCUGUACUUUAUUAAAACUGUUCAUACAUACAUAUCUCAAUGCCGUACAUGUACGAUGACUUUUAUAAUGAAGCUACAGAUUUGUAAAUAAACCACAACACUUUGUCUGAUAUUGUGAAUGAGUUUCAUUCUCCCAGAAUAAAAAUGGCCUUGCUGAACAUA